GUCACGUGUUUAUGUUUUACAGCAUGGUGCUUGAAAAUGGCUCUCAGUAACGUCCUGAAGUCUUUAUCCGGAGUUAAUGUGUUCAGUUCCCACACACGGCUUUGUGUUUGCUCUGUAGUGAACAGUUAUGUCCAGACUCGAGGAUAUGCUAAAAAAGCCGCUGCUAAAGGGAAAGGAAAAGGCAUGGUGAAGGAUGUGCAAAAGGGCCCAGAGGUGUGUAAGGACCCGGUGAAGCUGACCUCACAUGCUGUUGGGGUAAACAUCUACAAACAAGGAGAAGAUCCACCACUGAAACCCAGAGAGGAAUAUCCAGCAUGGUUGUUCGAGUUGGAUCUUGGUCCCCCCAAAAAACUUCAUGAGCUGGAUCCAGAGAGCUACGAAUACUGGAAGCGUUUGAGGAAGGAGCACAUCUGGCGUUUCAAUAAACUGCAUAAAGGAAAGAAAAUCUGAUCAACUCUGACACGUUUAUUUAGCUGUGAGGAGCUAUGAUACAGUCUCACUGUGGUAAGAAAGUGAUGGUAUCAGAUCGAUGCAGUACAGCCCAUGCCCAUGAACUUUCUGUACAGUCGAUCUGUUAAUCACUUGAACUGUGUGGUUCAGUGGGACUCGCAUGUGUCGCUCAGCACCUAUGCCAAGUACUGUGUUUAUCACGUUGCCUCAGGAGCGACUAUUAUAGAAUGUACACGGGAAUAUAGUUGGAGUGACACUUUGAGGGGGGAAAAAAAGAUGUCAUUAUUUAACAUCAUAAUGCUUUGUAUGUAAAUAAACUGAACACUGAUCUUCCUAA